GAACGUUCCACUCCUCACCACCCACCCCAAAACGAGAAACGCCCUAAAAACAGAAAAAAACAAAAGUCGCCUCACCCCAACCACAACAAUGGGGUCCGUGGACUCCCCACUCCUCGUCAAAAGAGCCCACUUCACCAUCGACGACGCGCACGAGAAGGGACGGAGCGGAGCCAUGGCGGCGUCAGCGGAGGGAGAGAACGACGAGGAGACGGGGGCGCUCGUAGCGUCCGCCGCGGCGGCUGCGGCGGCGGCGGCGGCGAGGGAGAAGGGGGGCGGGGCCGAGGAAGAAGAAGAAGGGGAGGACGAGGGAGGCGGCGGCGACGCGCCGGCGGUGAGGAGCGCCGGGGACGCGUGCAAGGUGUUCGCGGAAGAGUCGAAGAGGCUGUGGGCGAUCGCGGCGCCCAUCGCGUUCAACAUCAUAUGCUUGUACGGCACGAACUCGACGACGCAGAUCUUCGUGGGCCAUCUCGGCAAUCUCCAGCUCUCGGCCGUGGCCAUCGGCCUCUCCGUCGUCUCCAACUUCUCCUUCGGAUUCCUCCUGGGGAUGGGGAGCGCGCUGGAGACGCUGUGCGGGCAGGCGUACGGAGCGGGGCAGGUGUCGAUGCUGGGCGUGUACCUGCAGCGGUCCUGGAUCGUCCUCCUCUGCUCCGCCUUCCUCCUCACCCCGCUCUACAUCUUCGCCACGCCGAUUCUGAGGCUCCUCGGCCAAGACCACGCCAUCGCCGCCGAGGCCGGCAAGUUCACGGCCGCCAUCAUCCCCCAGAUGUUCGCGCUGGCGGUGAACUUCCCCACCCAGAAGUUCCUGCAGGCCCAGUCCAAGGUCGCCGCGCUCGCCUGGAUCGGCCUCGCCGGCCUCGCCUGCCACGUCGCCCUGCUCGCGCUCUUCGUCUACGCCUUCGACUGGGGCAUCUACGGCGCCGCCGCCGCCUACGACGCCUCGUCCUGGGCCAUCGCCGCCGCGCAGGCCGCCUACGUCGUCGCCCGCUGCGGCGCCGGCGGCGCGUGGACCGGGCUCUCGUGGGCCGCGCUCAGGGACCUCUGGGCCUUCGUCCGGCUCUCGCUCGCCUCCGCCGUCAUGCUCUGCCUCGAGAUCUGGUACAUGAUGGUGCUCGUCGUCCUCACCGGCCACCUCGACCGCGCCGAGAUCGCCGUCGAUUCCAUCUCCAUCUGUAUGAACAUAAAUGGAUGGGAGGGAAUGCUCUUCAUUGGACUCAAUGCAGCUAUAAGUGUUCGGGUGUCGAACGAGCUCGGGUCGGGCCGGCCCAGGGCCACAAUGCACGCGGUGAUUGUGGUUGUGAUCCAAUCCCUCGCAUUUGGGCUCCUUGCCAUGGUCCUCAUCCUAGCAUUCAGGAACAAUUUUGCAGUCAUAUUUACGAGCGACGCGGAGCUACAAAAAGCAGUUGCUGAUAUUGCUUACCUUCUCGCCGUGACCAUGGUGCUCAAUAGCAUUCAACCUGUCAUUUCAGGAGUUGCUGUUGGAGGUGGGUGGCAAGCUCUUGUGGCAUACAUUAAUUUGGGCUGCUAUUACAUUUUUGGGCUUCCUCUGGGCUUCCUUUUGGGCUAUCUUUUCCACUGGGGUGUGCAGGGAAUUUGGGCUGGGAUGCUUUGUGGAACAACAUUGCAAACACUGAUUCUAUUGUACAUAGUUUGGAAAACUGAUUGGAAAGCUGAGGCGGAGCAAGCUUUAGAACGUGUCAGAUUGUGGGGUGGACAAGAAGAAACCAAGUUGCCAACAACAGAAGCUAGCUAGCUUCAUAAGCACUUUUGGUGAUUUUUCUUUUUUUUUUUUUAAAUUGAAUCAGUAAAUUUUACUCUUUCUUUUUGCUAGAUAGAUUGCUAGUAUAGUUUUUCCUUUUUUCCUUUUUUUUUAAAAAAAAUUUCCUACUGUAAAUGGGUGUAAUAUCAUCUACCCAUUAGUACUAACCCUAAUGAAAUGAUCAGGGCCAAUGUGUAUGUUUUAUCUAA